CGCACAUACACAAUCAAAAGCCCUAACCUUGCUCCCCUGCAACAACGUACACAGCAUACCCUUUUUCCCCUUCCUAACGGCGAUAGAAGUCAGCAGCAUUCAAUCGCACGCACUCCUCCAUGCACGGCGACGGCGCGGUGCUCUCCUCGACGGGCAUCGGCGCUCUCCUCGACGGGCAUCGGCGCGGUGCUCUCCGCAAUCCCUAACAUAGCCACUGCAACAACGCACCCUUUCUCCCCUUGCUAACGGCGACAGCAGUGUUCAAUCGCGGUGCACUCCUCCACGUAUGGCGACGGCGCGGUGCUAUCCUCGACGGGCGACGGCGGUUGGCUCUCCACAUGCCCUAACAUAGCCAUUGCAACAAUGCACAGACCCUUUCUCCCCUUCCUAACGGCGACAACAGCGCUCAAUCGCGGUGCUCUCCUUGACGGGCGUGGGGCUCUCCUUGACAGGUGCGGUGCUCAAUCGCAAGAAACCCCACUCCCUUCUCAUCUCCUUCUCGUUCUUCCUCUGUUCCUUCGUUUCCAGUUAGGGGAUUUGAAGCUGGAAGAGCUCCUGAGCACUCCUCCACCUGGAACAGAUGAAAUUGUUGCAAUUUCUAAGGCAAUUAUAAAGCUGGACAAUGAUGGAUCUUUCUACAUUAAAAACUUUGGCAAGACUUCAAUAUUGGUGAAUAACAAAGAAGUGCAGACUGGUCAGUCUCAAAGACUACACUCCAAUUGUUUGAUCGAGGUAUGAUUCUAUAGCCUGUUAUUUCAGAUUUGGUUAUUCACUACAGAGGCUUCUGCUAAGGUGAUUGAUGGGAAGUCAGUGGCAAAGCAAAUCAGAACUGAGAUAACAGCAGAAGUCUGUAGGAUGAAGAUGCUAUCGAAGUGACUCCUGGGUUGGAGAUAGGAAAGACUCUCCAACUUAUGUGCGCAAGAAGGAGGCUUGUGAAUCUGUGGGAAUCAUUUCUUUUGAAGCUAAUUUCCCCAAGGAUUCCACAGAACAACAAGUGUGAUCCUUCGGUUUAUGGCGUCCUUUACCUUUUUAGAAGAAAUCGUAAUCGAGGAGAGAUCUCCGAAGGAGUUGUUGAACACACAAGGAAGGAGAGCAAGUUGCUGCCUCAUGAUAAAUGUUAAAGAAAUUUUGUUUCAUAUUGAGAAAAACAUGUAUUUCAUUUACUUAAGUUUAUUAUUUAUUUGACUUGUUAACAAGUAUGUUAAUUGACACUUGGAAUACCUUUCUACAUACAUGCAAUAUAUAUUAUUAG